CUCGGGAAGCGACAAAGGAGGGAAUGAAGGAACCGGAGCGGCCUAAACAGGGGGGCCUGUAUUUGUGACGUUCCAUCCAGUCAUUGGGAGUGACAGCCAGAUUCCGAAGAGCAAUGGCGUUUGUUUCAACACAAGGACCCACAGUGGUUGACCAAACCACGUUAAUGAAAAAAUAUCUACAGUUUGUGGCAGCUCUAACAGAUGUUAAUACACCGGAUGAAACAAAGUUGAAGAUGAUGCAAGAAGUCAGUGAAAACUUUGAGAAUGUGACGUCAUCCCCUCAGUAUUCCACUUUCCUGGAACACAUCAUCCCUCGGUUUCUUACUUUUCUUCAAGAUGGAGAAGUUCAGUUUCUGCAGGAAAAACCAGCACAGCAACUGAGAAAAUUAGUUCUGGAAAUAAUCCAUAGAAUACCAACAAAUGAACACCUUCGUCCGCACACCAAAAAUAUCUUAUCUGUGAUGUUCAGGUUUCUAGAGACUGAAAACGAGGAAAAUGUACUGAUUUGUCUACGGAUAAUUAUAGAACUGCACAAACAGUUCCGGCCACCGAUCACCCAGGAGAUUCAUCAUUUCUUGGAUUUUGUGAAACAGAUUUACAAGGAACUUCCAAAAGUAGUGAAUCGAUACUUUGAGAAUCCGCAGGUAGUGCCAGAGAACACUGUUCCAACCCCUGAAAUGGUCGGCAUGAUCACAACCAUUGUAGUGAAAGUAAAUCCAGAACGGGAUGACGGUGAAACAAGAACGCAUUCUAUAAUUCCCAGAGGCUCUCUCUCCUUGAAAGUGUUGGCUGAGCUGCCAAUCAUUGUUGUCCUUAUGUAUCAGCUUUACAAAUUGAACAUUCAUAACGUGGUGGCUGAAUUUGUGCCUUUGAUUAUGAACACUAUUAUCAUUCAGGUGUCCACGCAAGCAAGGCAGCACAAACUUUACAACAAGGAGCUGUACGCCGACUUCAUUGCCGCACAAAUUAAAACGUUAUCAUUCUUGGCUUACAUCAUAAGGAUUUAUCAGGAGCUGGUGGCAAAGUAUUCUCAGCAGAUGGUGAAGGGAAUGUUACAGUUGCUUUCAAACUGUCCAGCUGAAACGGCUCAUCUGAGGAAAGAGCUUCUCAUUGCCGCCAAGCACAUUCUUACCACAGACUUGAGGAGCCAAUUUAUUCCAUGCAUGGACAAAUUGUUUGAUGAAUCCAUACUCAUAGGCUUGGGAUACACUGCGCGGGAAACCCUGAGACCCCUUGCCUAUAGCACAUUGGCAGAUCUGGUGCAUCACGUCCGCCAGCACUUACCACUCAACGAUCUCUCCCUCGCCGUCCAGCUGUUUGCCAAGAAUAUUGAUGACGAGUCCUUGCCCAGCAGUAUCCAGACCAUGUCGUGCAAACUUCUGCUGAACCUGGUGGACUGCAUCCGGUCCAAAAGCGAGCAGGAAAAUGGCAACGGCAGAGACAUCCUCAUGAGGAUGCUGGAGGUUUUUGUUCUCAAAUUCCACACCAUCGCACGCUAUCAGCUCUCUGUCAUUUUUAAGAAGUGCAAGCCACAGUCUGAACUGGGGGCAGUGGAGGGAGCUCUGCCGGGGGUUCCGGCUGGUGGCAGCGCAGCUCCAGUCCCUGUCCCGUCCCCUGCCCCCACCACACCUGUGGCCUCUGCUGCAGGACCCGUGUUCGAGAAGCAGGGGGAGAAAGAAAAGGAGGAUAAACAGACUUUCCAAGUCACCGAUUGCCGGAGCUUGGUAAAGACCUUAGUCUGCGGCGUCAAAACAAUCACCUGGGGCAUAACGUCUUGCAAAGCACCUGGCGAAGCACAGUUCAUUCCUAAUAAGCAGCUUCAACCAAAAGAGACGCAGAUUUAUAUAAAACUGGUCAAAUAUGCAAUGCAGGCUUUGGAUAUUUAUCAGGUUCAGAUAGCUGGAAACGGGCAGACAUACAUUCGAGUUGCGAACUGUCAGACGGUCAGGAUGAAAGAAGAGAAGGAGGUCCUUGAACAUUUUGCUGGGGUCUUCACUAUGAUGAAUCCUCUGACUUUUAAAGAAAUCUUCCAGACUACAGUUCCUUACAUGGUUGAAAGAAUCUCGAAGAACUAUGCCCUUCAGAUUGUUGCCAAUUCCUUUUUGGCCAACCCAACAACCUCUGCUCUGUUUGCUACGAUUUUGGUGGAGUACCUGCUAGACCGAUUGCCUGAAAUGGGCUCGAACGUGGAGCUGUCCAAUCUAUAUCUCAAACUAUUCAAGCUGGUUUUUGGCUCCGUUUCACUCUUCGCUGCAGAAAAUGAACAAAUGCUGAAGCCGCAUUUACACAAGAUAGUGAACAGCUCCAUGGAGCUUGCACAGACUGCAAAGGAACCCUACAACUAUUUCUUGCUCCUUCGAGCUCUCUUCCGGUCGAUCGGCGGGGGGAGCCAUGAUCUCCUGUAUCAGGAAUUCCUGCCCUUGUUACCAAACUUACUACAAGGUCUGAACAUGCUACAAAGCGGGCUGCACAAACAGCACAUGAAGGAUUUGUUCGUGGAGCUCUGCCUGACGGUGCCGGUUCGACUGAGCUCCCUUCUCCCUUACUUGCCGAUGCUGAUGGAUCCCUUAGUGUCGGCCUUGAACGGGUCUCAGACGCUGGUCAGCCAGGGCUUGCGGACGCUGGAGUUGUGCGUGGAUAAUUUGCAGCCGGACUUCUUGUACGAUCACAUUCAGCCAGUGCGAGCGGAGCUGAUGCAGGCCUUGUGGCGGACCCUUCGCAAUCCGGCCGAGACCAUUUCCCACGUCGCUUAUCGUGUGCUUGGCAAGUUUGGUGGAAGCAACAGAAAGAUGUUGAAAGAGUCACAGAAGCUGCAGUACGUCGUGACCGAGAUCCAAGGGCCCAGCAUCACGGCCGAGUUCUCUGACUGCAAAGCAUCCAUCCAGCUCCCCAUGGAGAAGGCCAUCGAGACGGCUUUGGACUGCCUGAAGAGUGCGAAUACAGAGCCGUACUAUCGAAGGCAGGCGUGGGAGGUGAUCAAAUGCUUCCUGGUGGCCAUGAUGAACCUGGACGAUAACAAACAUGCCUUGUAUCAACUUCUGGCUCAUCCCAACUUUACCGAGAAGUCUAUCCCCAGUGUCAUCAUCUCCCAUCGCUACAAAGCACAGGAUACGCCCGCCCGCAGAACCUUUGAGCAGGCAUUGACAGGGGCCUUCAUGUCAGCUGUCAUCAAAGACCUCCGCCCCAGUGCUCUUCCUUUUGUAGCCAGCUUGAUCCGCCAUUACACAAUGGUGGCGGUUGCCCAGCAGUGCGGUCCUUUCUUGCUCCAGUGUUACCAGGUUGGAAGCCAGCCCAGCACAGCCAUGUUUCACAGCGAAGAAAACGGAUCCAAGGGCAUGGAUCCCUUGGUGCUGAUCGACGCUAUUGCCAUCUGCAUGGCGUACGAAGAGAAAGAGCUCUGCAAAAUAGGAGAGGUGGCCCUCGCGGUCAUCUUCGAUGUGGCGAGCAUCAUCCUGGGAUCGAAGGAAAGGGCUUGCCAGCUCCCUUUGUUCUCCUACAUUGUGGAACGCCUGUGCGCCUGCUGCUAUGAACAGGCCUGGUACGCCAAGCUCGGGGGCGUGGUGUCAAUCAAGUUUCUUAUGGAGCGGCUGCCCCUCAUCUGGGUCCUCCAGAACCAGCAGACGUUCCUCAAGGCUCUCCUGUUUGUUAUGAUGGAUCUGACCGGAGAGGUUUCUAACGGAGCAGUUGCAAUGGCCAAAACAACCCUGGAGCAGCUCUUGAUUCGGUGCGCGACUCCCCUGAAGGACGAAGAGAAGACGGAGGAGAUUCUAGCAGCACAGGAGAAGUCCUUCCACCACGUGACCCAUGACCUGGUGCGAGAAGUGACCUCUCCAAACUCCACCGUGAGGAAACAAGCCAUGCAUUCCUUGCAAGUGCUCGCCCAGGUCACGGGGAAAAGCGUCACGGUCAUUAUGGAGCCGCAUAAAGAGGUCCUCCAAGAUAUGGUUCCUCCGAAAAAGCACUUGCUUAGACACCAGCCCGCCAAUGCCCAGAUUGGUUUGAUGGAGGGGAACACAUUUUGCACCACGCUCCAGCCCAGGCUGUUUACCAUGGAUCUAAAUGUGGUGGAGCAUAAAGUAUUUUAUACAGAGCUGUUGAAUUUGUGCGAGGCCGAAGACUGUGCCCUGAUGAAACUACCCUGCUACAAGAGCCUACCUUCUCUGGUACCGCUUCGGAUCGCUGCUUUGAAUGCCUUAGCUGCCUGCAAUUAUUUGCCGCAGUCGAGGGAGAAAAUCAUUGCCGCACUUUUCAAGGCACUUAAUUCGACCAACAACGAACUCCAAGAGGCAGGAGAGGCCUGUAUGAGGAAGUUUUUGGAAGGUGCUACAAUAGAAGUUGACCAGAUCCAUACUCACAUGAGGCCAUUGCUUAUGAUGCUGGGCGACUACCGAAGUCUGACGCUGAACGUUGUGAACCGCCUGACGUCGGUCACCCGGCUCUUCCCAAACUCUUUCAAUGACAAGUUCUGCGAUCAGAUGAUGCAACACCUGCGCAAGUGGAUGGAAGUGGUAGUUAUCACUCACAAAGGAGGCCAGAGAAGUGAUGGAAAUGAAAUGAAGAUCUGCUCGGCGAUUAUAAACUUGUUUCAUCUGAUUCCUGCGGCUCCCCAGACUUUGGUGAAGCCACUGCUAGAGGUUGUGAUGAAAACAGAACGAGCUAUGUUGAUAGAGGCUGGCAGCCCUUUCAGAGAACCGCUAAUAAAGUUUCUGACGCGGCAUCCUUCCCAGACGGUGGAACUGUUUAUGAUGGAAGCCACUUUGAAUGACCCGCAGUGGAGCAGAAUGUUCAUGAGCUUUUUAAAGCACAAAGACGCGAAACCACUGCGUGAUGUCCUGGCGGCAAAUCCAAACCGGUUCAUCACAUUGCUGUUACCUGGCGGUACCCAAGCUGCAGUCAGGCCUGGUUCUCCCAGCACCAGUACGAUGCGCCUCGAUCUCCAGUUCCAAGCUAUCAAGAUCAUAAGUAUCAUCGUUAAGAAUGAUGAGUGUUGGCUAGCCAACCAGCAUUCCUUAGUGAGCCAGCUGAGACGCGUAUGGGUCAGUGAAGCUUUCCAGGAAAGGCAUCGGAGAGAGAACAUGGCGGCCACCAACUGGAAGGAACCCAAGCUCCUUGCAUACUGCUUGUUGAAUUACUGCAAGAGAAAUUAUGGUGACAUAGAAUUGCUCUUCCAGCUUCUCCGAGCCUUUACCGGCCGUUUCCUCUGCAACAUGACUUUCUUAAAGGAAUACAUGGAAGAGGAGAUUCCCAAAAACUACACCAUUGCUCAGAAACGGGCUCUGUUCUUCCGGUUUGUCGACUUCAAUGAUCCCAACUUUGGAGAUGAGCUCAAAGCCAAGGUUCUGCAGCACAUCCUCAACCCCGCUUUCUUGUACAGCUUUGAAAAGGGGGAAGGCGAGCAACUUCUGGGCCCCCCCAAUCCAGAAGGAGACAAUCCUGAAAGCAUCACUAGUGUAUUCAUAACAAAGGUGCUUGAUCCGGAAAAGCAAGCGGACAUGCUGGAUUCGCUCCGGAUUUACCUCUUGCAGUUUGCCACGCUGCUGGUGGAGCACGCCCCACAUCACAUCCACGACAACAACAAGAACAGGAACAGCAAGUUGCGCCGCCUCAUGACCUUUGCUUGGCCAUGCCUCCUCUCCAAGGCUUGUGUGGAUCCCGCCUGCAAAUAUAGUGGGCAUUUGAUUCUGGCACACAUCAUUGCAAAGUUCGCCAUCCAUAAGAAGAUCGUUUUACAGGUGUUUCACAGUCUCCUGAAGGCUCAUGCCAUGGAAGCCCGUGCCAUUGUUCGGCAAGCGAUGGCGAUUCUGACGCCGGCAGUGCCAGCUCGCAUGGAGGACGGUCACCAGAUGCUCACUCACUGGACCAGGAAGAUCAUCGUGGAAGAGGGCCACACGGUUCCUCAGCUGGUCCACAUUUUGCAUUUGAUCGUCCAGCAUUUCAAGGUUUACUUUCCAGUGAGACACCAUUUGGUCCAGCACAUGGUGAGUGCCAUGCAGAGACUGGGCUUCACCCCCAGCGUGACCAUCGAGCAGAGAAAACUGGCUGUUGACCUAGCUGAAGUGGUGAUCAAAUGGGAACUGCAGCGCAUUAAAGAUCAGCAGCCGGAUUCAGAUACGGAUCAGAGUGCAGGCGGGGAAGGAACAAGUUCUUCCUCCUCGGGCAUCAAGAGGGGCUUAUCUGUUGAUUCGGGCCAAGAAGUGAAGCGGUUCAGAACUGCUACGGGAACAAUAAGCGCGGUGUUUGGACGCAGCCAGUCGCUGCCAGGGGCCGACGCGCUUCUCUCGAAGCCGAUCGACAAACAACACACAGAUACGGUUAUCAACUUCCUCAUUAGAAUUGCUUGCCAGGUAAAUGACAACUCCAACACGGCCGGCUCUCCUGGCGAACUGCUCUCCCGCCGCUGCGUUAACCUUUUGAAGACAGCUUUACGGCCAGACAUGUGGCCCAAAUCCGAACUCAAACUGCAGUGGUUUGAUAAGCUUCUGAUGACUGUGGAACAACCUAACCAGGCCAACUUUGCCAACAUUUGUACUGGGCUGGAGGUUCUCAGUUUCCUUCUGACCGUCCUCCAAUCCACGGCAAUCCUAAGUAGUUUCAAGCCUCUGCAGCGGGGGAUUGCAUCCUGCAUGACUUGCGGAAAUACCAAGGUUCUGCGAGCCGUCCACAGCCUCUUGUCUCGCUUAAUGAGUAACUUCCCUACAGAACCAAGCACUUCAAGUGUGGCCUCCAAGUAUGAAGAACUGGAGUGUCUGUAUGCCGCUGUUGGGAAGGUUAUUUACGAAGGACUGACUAAUUAUGAAAAAGCGACCAAUGCAAACCCUUCCCAACUUUUUGGUACUUUAAUGAUUUUGAAGUCUGCAUGCAGUAACAAUCCUAGUUACAUAGACCGACUGAUUUCAGUCUUCAUGCGAUCUCUACAGAAGAUGGUGCGGGAGCACUUAAACCAGCAGGCACAAGCAGGGACAGCAGAAGCGAACACAGCUGGCACGAGUGAGUUGGUCAUGCUGAGUUUGGAACUUGUGAAAACACGUCUUGCUGUGAUGAGCAUGGAGAUGAGAAAGAACUUCAUUCAAGCCAUCCUGACUUCUCUCAUUGAAAAAUCGAACGAUGCCAAAAUUCUUCGGGCGGUGGUGAGAAUAGUGGAAGAAUGGGUGAAAAACAACUCUCCCUCGGCUGCCAGCCAGACACCUACCCUUCGAGAGAAGUCCAUUUUGUUAGUAAAAAUGAUGACCUACAUUGAAAAACGUUUUCCAGAGGACCUUGAAUUAAAUGCCCAGUUCUUAGACCUUGUUAACUAUGUCUAUAGGGACGAAAGUCUUUCUGGGAGUGAGCUGACUGCCAAGCUUGAACCAGCAUUCCUUUCGGGACUUCGCUGUGCCCAGCCACUCAUCCGAGCCAAAUUCUUUGAGGUUUUUGACAACUCUAUGAAGCGACGGGUCUACGAACGCCUGCUUUAUAUCACCUGUUCUCAAAAUUGGGAGGCCAUGGGCAAUCAUUUUUGGAUCAAGCAAUGCAUUGAGCUCUUAUUGGCUGUAUGUGAGAGGAACACUACGAUUGGGACGAGUUGUCAAGGCGCCAUGCUCCCAUCCAUCACAAACGUUAUCAACCUUGCUGAUAGUCACGACCGGGCAGCCUUCGCUAUGGUGACUCAUGUCAAGCAAGAGCCUCGUGAAAGAGAAAACAGUGAAUCCAAAGAAGAGGAUGUGGAAAUAGACAUUGAACUGGCUCCUGGCGAUCAGACUAGCACACCCAAAACCAAAGAACUGUCUGAAAAGGACAUCGGCAACCAGUUGCAUAUGUUGACUAACAGACACGAUAAAUUCCUUGACUCCCUCCGAGAAGUAAAGACUGGAGCGCUGCUCAGCGCCUUCGUGCAGCUGUGCCACAUUUCCACACCUUUAGCCGAAAAGACCUGGAUCCAACUUUUCUCCCGAUUGUGGAAAAUCUUAUCCGAUCGACAGCAGCACGCUCUUGCAGGUGAAAUAAGUCCUUUCCUGUGCAGCGGCAGCCACCAGGUGCAGCGCGACUGCCAGCCAAGCGCCCUGAACUGCUUUGUGGAAGCCAUGUCUCAGUGCGUCCCUCCCAUACCCAUCCGGCCCUGUGUGCUGAAGUACCUGGGGAAAACCCACAACCUCUGGUUCCGUUCCACACUCAUGCUGGAGCACCAGGCCUUCGAAAAGGGCCUCAGCUUGCAGAUUAAGCCCAAGCAGACCACUGAAUUUUAUGAGCAGGAAAGCAUCACACCACCCCAGCAGGAAAUCCUCGAUUCUCUUGCGGAGCUGUACUCUUUGUUACAAGAGGAGGACAUGUGGGCUGGGCUGUGGCAAAAGCGUUGUAAAUUUCCUGAGACGGCCACCGCAAUCGCUUACGAACAGCACGGAUUCUUUGAGCAGGCACAAGAAAUGUAUGAAAAGGCAAUGGAUAAAGCAAAGAAAGAACACGAAAGGAGCAAUGCCUCCCCUGCUAUUUUCCCUGAGUAUCAGCUCUGGGAAGACCACUGGAUUCGGUGUUCCAAGGAACUGAAUCAAUGGGAAGCUCUGACAGAGUAUGGACAGUCCAAGGGCCACAUCAAUCCCUACCUUGUUCUGGAAUGCGCGUGGCGGGUCUCGAACUGGACGGCUGUGAAGGAGGCCCUGGUACAGGUGGAGCUGAGCUGCCCCAAGGAGAUGAUGUGGAAGGUCAACAUGUACCGGGGCUAUCUGGCUAUCUGCCAUCCGGAAGAGCAGCAGCUGAAUUACAUUGAACGCCUGGUGGAAAUGGCCAGCGGCUUGGCCAUUCGAGAGUGGCGGAGGCUCCCUUAUGUGGUUUCUCAUGUUCACACACCACUUCUUCAGGCAGCACAACAAAUCAUUGAACUGCAAGAGGCAGCCCAAAUAAAUGCCGGGUUACAGCCAGCAAACCUCGGGCGGAACAACAGCCUGCAUGACAUGAAGACCGUCGUGAAGACCUGGCGGAACAGGCUGCCGAUCGUGUCGGAUGACUUGUCCCACUGGAGCAGCAUUUUUAUGUGGAGGCAGCAUCAUUACCAAGCCAUCGUAAGUGCGUAUGAGAACAGCACUCAACAUGACCCCAGUUCCAACAAUGCCAUGUUGGGCGUUCAUGCUUCAGCGUCAGCAAUCAUCCAGUAUGGGAAAAUCGCACGGAAGCAGGGGCUGGUCAACGUGGCUCUGGACAUUCUUAGCCGCAUCCAUACCAUUCCAACGGUGCCGAUCGUGGACUGCUUCCAGAAGAUUCGGCAGCAAGUCAAAUGCUAUCUUCAGCUGGCUGGAGUGAUGGGGAAAAAUGAGUGCAUGCAGGGCCUUGAGGUUAUUGAGUCGACAAACCUGAAGUAUUUUACCAAGGAGAUGACAGCAGAAUUCUAUGCACUGAAGGGGAUGUUUUUGGCUCAGAUUAACAAGUCUGAAGAAGCCAACAAAGCAUUCUCUGCAGCAGUGCAAAUGCAUGACGUUUUGGUGAAAGCCUGGGCGAUGUGGGGGGAUUACCUAGAAAACAUCUUUGUGAAGGAGCGCCAGCUGCAUCUAGGCGUCUCAGCAAUCACCUGCUACUUGCACGCAUGUCGCCAUCAAAAUGAGAGCAAGUCGCGGAAGUAUUUAGCCAAGGUUCUUUGGUUGCUAAGCUUUGACGACGACAAGAACACCUUGGCGGAUGCAGUUGAUAAGUACUGUAUUGGUGUCCCGCCUAUCCAGUGGCUGGCUUGGAUUCCUCAGCUGCUAACCUGCCUGGUUGGGUCCGAGGGCAAGCUCCUUCUGAACCUUAUCAGUCAGGUUGGCCGAGUCUACCCCCAAGCGGUGUACUUCCCAAUCCGGACCCUCUAUUUAACACUGAAGAUAGAGCAGCGCGAACGCUACAAAAGCGAUUCUGGACAGCAACAGCCAAGUUCAGUAGGAAACCAGUCUCAUUCCGCGUCGGAUCCUGGGCCGAUCAGAGCUACUGCCCCAAUGUGGCGUUGCAGCCGGAUCAUGCACAUGCAAAGAGAAUUGCAUCCAACUCUGCUUUCCUCUCUGGAGGGGAUUGUCGAUCAGAUGGUGUGGUUCAGAGAAAACUGGCACGAGGAGGUCCUUCGACAGCUGCAGCAGGGACUGGCGAAAUGCUACUCGGUGGCCUUCGAAAAAAGUGGAGCAGUUUCCGAUGCCAAAAUCACCCCUCACACGCUGAAUUUUGUCAAAAAAUUGGUCAGCACCUUUGGAGUUGGCCUGGAGAACGUCUCCAAUGUCUCCACCAUGUUUUCCAGCGCUGCUUCAGAGUCACUGGCAAGAAGGGCCCAGGCGACGGCUCAAGAUCCCGUCUUUCAGAAACUCAAAAGCCAGUUCACAACAGACUUCGACUUCAGUGUGCCGGGCUCCAUGAAACUCCACAACCUUAUCUCAAAGCUGAAGAAGUGGAUCAAAAUCCUCGAGGCAAAAACCAAACAGCUGCCCAAGUUCUUCCUCAUUGAAGAAAAGUGUCGGUUUCUGAGCAACUUCUCCGCCCAGACAGCCGAAGUGGAAAUUCCUGGCGAGUUCCUCAUGCCGAAGCCGACACAUUAUUACAUCAAGAUUGCACGAUUCAUGCCAAGAGUGGAGAUAGUACAAAAACAUAACACCGCGGCCCGGAGGCUCUAUAUUAGAGGCCAUAAUGGGAAGAUUUACCCGUAUCUGGUCAUGAACGAUGCUUGCCUGACAGAGUCGCGUCGGGAGGAGCGUGUGCUGCAGCUCCUUCGCCUUCUGAACCCCUGCUUGGAGAAGAGGAAGGAGAGCACCAAGAGGCAUCUCUUUUUCACAGUCCCCCGGGUCGUGGCUGUCUCUCCACAGAUGCGCUUGGUAGAAGACAAUCCCUCCUCUCUCUCCCUCGUGGAGAUCUACAAGCAACGCUGCGCCAAAAAAGGGAUUGAGCACGACAGUCCCAUUUCUCGUUACUAUGACAGGCUGGCCACAGUCCAAGCACGAGGGACCCAGGCCAGCCAUCAGGUUCUCCGCGAUAUUCUGAAAGAGGUUCAGGGCAACAUGGUGCCACGCAGCAUGCUGAAGGAAUGGGCUUUGCACACUUUCCCGAACGCCACUGAUUACUGGACGUUCCGAAAGAUGUUCACCAUUCAGUUGGCGUUGAUUGGCUUUGCCGAAUUUGUCUUCCACUUGAACAGGCUCAACCCAGAGAUGCUGCAGAUUGCGCAGGAUACCGGCAAGCUGAACGUGGCCUACUUCCGAUUUGACAUUAACGAUGCAACGGGGGACCUAGAUGCCAAUCGGCCAGUUCCGUUCCGCCUCACGCCCAAUAUUUCUGAAUUCCUCACCACUAUUGGUGUUUCCGGCCCCCUGACCGCAUCUAUGAUUGCGGUUGCUCGCUGCUUUGCACAGCCAAACUUUAAGGUCGAUGGCAUCCUGAAGACGGUGCUGCGAGAUGAAAUAAUCGCCUGGCAUAAGAAAACUCAGGAAGACACUUCCUCCCCACUCUCGGCUGCCGGGCAGCCGGAGAACAUGGACAGCCAGCAGCUGGUCUCACUGGUUCAAAAAGCCGUAACCGCCAUCAUGACCCGGCUGCAUAAUCUGGCUCAGUUCGAAGGAGGGGAGAGCAAAGUCAGCACUCUGGUAGCCGCGGCCAACAGCCUGGAUAACCUCUGCCGCAUGGAUCCAGCUUGGCACCCUUGGCUUUAACCCUGGCGGCCGGCACGCUUCGCUGUUGCUUUGUGAAGCUUGUGUUGUGUGAUGGUGUCGGUGGGGGAGAGCAGGAAAUGUGAAGCAAUUUAUUCCGGCGCCAUGGCUGCCUCUGUCCCUCUUGCAGCCACCCUCUGGGCCGCCUCCGUCUUUGGUGUGAUCAUGUUUACAGAUGUACUGCUGUUUUUCGAAGCAAUCGUACCAUUUCGAAGCAAUUUCAGGUGGUCGUUAUACAGGAGUAACUUUUUUUUUUAACCAACAGCUGAAAAUUGGGGAAGGAGGACUUAAAUACUUCACAGAAGAAAUCUUGUUUUAUGUCAAUUGUGAGAAUAUUGACACUACUUCGCAAGUCGACGAUCAACCUGCUCUGAGCUCUAAGCCCUUUUUAUAUACUCUGAAGAAAACGAGUAUUCCUACAUGGUGGGAACUCGUGGAAUGGACUUUUUUUAAAAACUAAGAAAAGUGUUUUCCUUCAUUGUUUGCCUUCACAUUGGUACCAAGAUGACUCAAAUAGUGUUUUUAUUCAGUCAGAAAUAUACCUGAGCUACGAUGGGUUUGUACAGAGAUUUUUUUUUUUUGUAAUGAUGUAUAGAAGAGCCCUGUGUUUUUGCUGGUUGUUAGAAAAAACGAUCAAAUUGUGUUAAGGUUUCUUUUUUUUUUCCCCCUUGGGGGCAAAGCUACUGUACAGUGAAAAUGGGCAUGUUUCAGAAGUCUAGUUUAGUAGUUUACUUAUGCAUAAAAAGGGAAUUUAUAAAACCAUCAUCAAGAGAUGUAUUUGGAUGGAACUGGUGCAACACAGUUUUUUUUUUUUAAAAAAGUAUAAGAUAAGGUGGCGAUAUUUUUUGAGCUUGGACACAAUUAAAUGUAUAUCAAUAAAGUAGCUUCUUGAGAAAAAUGUUCUUAGCUUUUACUUUUGUAAUUAAAAAAAAAGAUACGUCUUUUAUUUGAGUCUGUGUUAGCAUUUUUAAAAAUAAACCUUGCAGUGUUGAGAAUGUUCUAGUUAAAAUUUGUACAGGUUGAAUUUUUCAUAAUAAAUAUUUUCUAAAAUGCG